GCUAAAGUGGUUAAGAUGGAUACAAGCAGCAAGAUGUCUGUCUGCAGCGCAAGAAGUGGAAAGUCAUCUUCGUCAUCAGCGAGCGCAGCCCAUGCACGGGCCAGAGCUGAGGCCGCCAAGGUGAGAGCGUCAUAUGCUAGCCAGGAGGCUAAACUUAAAAUGGAAAAAGCCACAAGGGAAGCUCAAAGUCAGAUGGAAACAGUAAGAUUAGACACUGAGUUGGAAAUGUUAACACUGCAACGAGAAGCCGAUGCAGCCGAAGUAGAGACACAAGUGUUAGAGGAUGCUGAAUUAGCAGAGCAUGCAGUAGAAAGGGUUGGAUCUGUAGCAGAGGAAGCUAAAAUUGAACGCACCAGUGAAUAUGUAAAUUCUCAAAAUAGCCUUCAGGAUCAUUCUUCACCUCCACUUCUAUUACCUUUGUCCGUCACCCCUCCAUUUCAAGCUGGCUCAAAUAACAGCUUUGUAACAUUGAGUUUAGCUGCGAAAGAUACCUCACAUGCUCAAUCCAUCAAACAUAAGCCAAAGUCUCAAAAAGCUGACAGUAUACACUUACCUGCAACAAACCUAUCUAAUCUGUCCGAAGGUGUGAUUAAGUCUGAAGUUGGGAGGACCAGCCCCAUCAUGAAUGUACCUGUUAAGCCUUAUGUCCCUCAAUAUAUCCCUCCAUGUAGCACGCCACAUCAGGUAGAUUCUCUGGCACAGUAUUUAGCCAGACGAGACCUUGUUAGUUCAGGACUUUACCUAUUUGAUGAUAAGCCUGAAAACUAUCGGUCAUGGUAUUCCUCAUUCGCCAGUGCAGCUCGUGAAGUUCACCUCACAGCAACCCAGGAACUGGACCUCAUGACUAAAUGGCUAGGAAAAGAAUCUAGCGAAAGGGUGAAGCGGAUCCACUCAGUGCACGUCAGUAACCCCGGUCUUGCUUUACACAAAGCAUGGGAGAGACUACACGAGUGCUAUGCUGCACCAGAAAUCAUCGAAAGGUCAUUGUUUCAGAGAUUGGACAGUUUUCCUAGGAUUUCAGUUAAGGACCACAUCAAAUUACGUGAACUAGCGGAUUUGCUUAUGGAAAUCCAAGGUGCUAAAGAGGAUGGUUAUCUCACAGGUCUGUCAUACCUUGACACGUCACGUGGAAUUGCGCCAAUUGUAGAUACGCUCCCAUAUGGGCUGCAAGACAAGUGGGUGACUUCCGGGUCAUGCUACAAAGAACGAAAUUAUGGGCGCUUUCCCCCCUUUGGGUAUUUCUGCAACUUUGUGUGCUUUGAAGCAAGGAAGCGAAACGACCCUAGCUUUAUGCAUCAAAGCAGCGCUACAACAACUGCAAAACCAGACAGAACCAUUGUGAAGAGUUUCCAAACUAACAAAGCCAUCACAGUUCACAAAACAGAUGUGCGUGCAGCCAGUGACGACCCUAACAAAAUCUGUCCAUUACACUACAAACCACACCCCUUGAAAAAAUGCAGGACAUUCAGAAACAAACCCUUAGACGAAAGAAAGGCCUUUCUCAAAGAGCAAAGAAUAUGUUUCAAAUGCUGUUCUUCAGUUUCUCACCUCGCCAAGGAAUGUAAGUCUUGCGUAAAGUGCUCUGAAUGCGGUAGUACCAAUCACGAUGCGGCCAUGCACCCUGGCCCAUCACCACAAGUAAUCAAGACUCCAUCACCGUCACAAGAGAAUGGCGGGGAGGAAGAUGAUAACUCUAACCAAGCCGUUGUCAGUAUAAGCUGUACAGAAGUUUGUGGUCCAGGUCAGUGGAGCCGCUCAUGCUCAAAAAUCUGCCUUGUAAAUCUGUUCCCAAAGGGCUCCAAGGACAUAGCCAUCAAAGCCUAUGUAAUUCUUGACGACCAGAGCAAUCGUUCAUUAGCCAGACCAGAAUUCUUCGAGCAGUUCAAUGUGGAGAGUGAACAAUUCUCAUAUCAUCUCAGAACCUGCUCUGGCAUAAUCGAAACAUCUGGCAGGAAAGCUGAAGGAUUCCAGGUUGAGUCCCUGGAUGGAAAGGUUCUCAUCUCUCUUCCUCCACUUAUUGAGUGUCAUGAGAUCACGAACAAUCGUGCUGAGAUUCCUAUGCCAAGUGCAGUUCUUUCCCAGCCUCAUCUCUGUCACAUAGCCAAGCACAUUCCAGAACUAGAACCGAAAGCAGAAAUACUUUUGCUAUUAGGGAGAGACGUGAUAAGGGCUCACAAGGUCAGGCAGCAGGUCAACGGACCAAACAACGCCCCUUUUGCCCAACGACUGGACCUGGGCUGGGUAGUAAUAGGAGAAGUGUGCCUAGGUAAUGCACAUAGGCCAACGGUCAACACAUUCAAGACCAAUGUGCUGGAAAGUGGCCGAUAUUCAAUUUUUCAACCCUGUACAAGUUUUAUGCGGAUCAAGGAGAUGCAGCAAAGUGGGAACACAUCCGCCAAAUCAACUGAGAAGACACUUGGAGAGACAGUGUUCAGCAGAACCGAGGACGACAACAAACCUGCUCCAUCUGUUGAGGACAUAGCCUUUCUAAAAAAAAUGGACACAAGCGUCUAUAGAAGCGAUGAUAACAGCUGGGUGGCCCCCCUACCGUUUAGAGAACCACGCAGGCCAUUGCCAAACAACAAGGAGCAAGUCGUUAAUCGUUUAACAAGUCUGCAACGAACUCUGAAAAGAAAACCUGAGAUGCAGCAACAGUAUGUGGAAUUCAUGGAAAGGAUCUUUACCAAUGGACAUGCUGAGGUAGCGCCACCACUGAAAGAAGGGGAUGAAUGCUGGUACCUUCCUACAUUCGGGGUUUAUCAUUCCCAAAAACCCAAUCAGAUCAGGGUGGUCUUUGAUUCCAGUGCUCGAUACUCCGGCAUCUCUCUCAAUGAUGUGCUCCUCACAGGGCCCGACCUCAGUAACUCCCUUGUUGGCGUCCUGCUACGCUUUCGGAAAGAGAAGGUUGCAAUCCUAGCAGACAUUCAGCAGAUGUUCCAUUGUUUCUUGGUACAUGAAGACCAUCGUAACUUUCUCCGUUUUCUAUGGCACAAGGACAAUGAUGUGAACAAGGAAAUUAUUGAGUAUCGAAUGAAGGUCCAUGUCUUCGGUAAUCGACCAUCUCCUGCCGUGGCCAUUUACGGACUGCGGAGAGCCAUCAGAGAAGGUGCACAGGAGCAUGGUGCCGAUACAGUCAAGUUCGUGGAGAGACAUUUCUAUGUUGAUGAUGGUUUGUUAUCUGUACCAUCCGAAGCUGAGGCAAUUGACUUGCUCAAAAGAACACAGGCCUCACUAGCUGAAUCAAACCUCCGUUUGCACAAGUUUGCUUCGAACUCUCAGACAGUUAUGGAAGCCUUUCCGCCAGAAGAUUGUGCCCCAGUAAUCAAGGACCUAGACCUAAGUGGAGAAACUUCGCCCACACAACGGAGUUUAGGUCUGCUAUGGGAGAUCACGACCGACACAUUCACUUACUCUGCAUCAACAAUUACCAAACCAUUCACCCGGCGUGGUGUCCUCUCCACUGUAAACAGUGUUUUUGAUCCUUUGGGUCUGCUGGCACCCGUCACGAUCCAGGGAAGAGCCCUUCUCAGAGAACUUACCUCUGAACAGCCUGACUGGGACACACCUCUCUCUGAGAAUGAAUUAAGCAAAUGGCAAGCCUGGAAAGAUUCUCUCCAAGACCUAGAUCGGCUUCAUGCUCCACGUGCAUACACAACAACCUCACUAGUCGAAACAGUGCACACAGAAUUGUGUGUAUUCUCAGAUGCAUCUACCAAGGCCAUAGGUGCUGUGGCAUAUCUGAAAGCACUUCAGAAAGAUGGACAAGUAGAAGUAGGAUUUGUCAUGGGCAAGGCAAAAUUAGCACCCCUGUCUGAACCUACAAUCCCAAGGCUUGAGCUCUGCGCUGCGGUCUUAGCAGUAGAGAUGGCAGAUCUCAUUAAGGAUGAGCUGGAUCUGGAGCUAAAUGAUAUAAAGUUCUUUACCGACAGCAAAGUGUUCAACGCAUCCAUCAGUCCUCAAAACCUGAGCAGUGGCACUAUGUGCGCACAGAAGAAAACCCUGCAGAUCAUGCAUCACGAUCUUUACCUGCACUAUGCUUGGCACAGAGUUCAUGGUUUACAGGUCCCUCCUUCCUGCGUCAGCCACCUCCAAAAAAGACACAAACGACUGAGAUGUUCGAACUAAUUGCACCCGA